AUGUCUGAUUUGGAAGCAUCUUCUGAGCAAUCAAAUUCGUUAAUUAAGUUGACUGGAAAUCAAGAAAAUACAAUAUUAAAUAAACAAUUCCCUAUUGAUCGAACUGAUAUAUGUAAUCGUGGAAUUGGGAUUUAUGUUGGAAUUUCAAUGACAAUGCAUUGUCUUUGUCCUCCAAGUUAUUAUGGAGAUCGAUGCCAAUUUCAAAGUCAACUCGUUAGUUUAAUACUUCAGUUUUCUCGGAUGUGUGAAACAAAUUGUCAAGAAGCAUUUGGUAUUAUUAUUACUCUGAUUGAUCAAGAUAAUUUCAUUCAUGAUCAUGAAGAAAUAACAUAUACGGCUACAUAUAAAUAUGAAAAUAAAUUUUUUAUUUAUCUUCUAUAUAAAUUACGACCAAGAGAUAUGACUAAAACUUAUAAUAUUCGAAUCGAUGCUUACAACAACAUAAACAUGUCUUAUCAUGUUAGUUGGAUUUUGCCAGUUAAAUUUCUUUUCCUUCCUGUAAAUAGAAUAUCUAUUUAUUUAACGAUUCCUGUUUAUGCAAUUUCUUCCGUUAAUAAUUGUUCGAUAUAUUGUGAUCAUGGUCAAUGUUUAACAUAUGUUAAUAAUCGAAAUCAAUAUUUUUAUCAUUGUGAUUCAGGUUGGUCUGAUAUUAACUGUACAGUAUCAUAUAAAUGUGAUUGUUCAUUAGAUUCGAUAUGUCUUGGUCAUACGAAUAAUCAAUCAAUCUGUCUCUGUUCGCUUAGAAAAUAUGAAUGA